AUUUGUGACCCAGUGAUGUGUACCUUCCGAUUUGUUUUUGUUUUACUCUACGUGAUAUCUGUUUAUGGACAGAUUACAAGACUUGGUAGAUGCACACCAGUGCAGACUGUAGCUGAUGUCAAUUGGAAUAAGAUGGAAGGCCGCUGGUAUAGAAUGAGUGAGUUCCCCGAAAGAGAUCCGAGGUUACAGAAUCAGACCUGUUUAUCAGAAAUAAAAGAAGUAAACAAUGAUGGUACUAUAAGUGUUUAUGCUUCCUGGCUCAACACAUUUACUAGUCAAUUCUUCCAAGAUAUGUUUGUUGGUAGAAUUAUACCAGAUGCAGGAAAUCCGGGAAUGGCCACAUUUGACGGAACACUUGACUCUGUUCCGCAGUAUCAAUAUUAUAUAAUGGCUGUACAAUAUGACAACUUCCAUUUGCUGUAUGGUUGUGAAGACGGCAAAGGAAGGCAAGACAGUUUAGAGACUGCAUUUAUUUUUUCACGUACACCAGAGCCAUUGGAGAAAUCUCAACUAGAUAGCAUAUCCUGUCUUCUGAGAAAUAACGGCGUAGAUCCAGAUAACUUUUUGUUCGUUGACCAUAGCAGUUGCCCAAAACUACAAUAGAGGCUCAAAAAUGUGCUCUUAGUAGACAGCCAAAAUAAAUACAUGUUUUUAAUAAGAAAUAUAUAUAUGUACAAACAUGAGUGUUAUGAGUUAUUUUAUGAUACUAUC